CCACAACGUUUCCAAGUAGAAUAUCGGUUUUGUUUUGUAUAUAUAAACAAAAAAACAAAGUUGCUUCCACCAUAACCAUACAUAAUCACCAUUAUCAAAAAGAACAUAGAAAAAAACAAUGUCUUCUUCAGGAGUAAACCUAGAAAAGUAUCGAAUUCCACUUGAGGAGAUCAUUCACGCAACAAACAACUUCAGUUUCGAUACUCUGAUUGGAGAUGGUGGAUUCGGUAUGGUCUACAAAGGUCAACUCUCUAAACACUCGCAAAACCUCACAGUAGCCAUCAAACGUCUUAAUCAAGAUGGUUAUCAAGGAAACAACGAGUUUCAUCACGAACUUGAGAUGGUUUCCAGUUUCCAUCAUCCAAACAUCAUCCCUUUUAUCGGUUACUGUGAUGAUGCCAAUGAGAUGAUCUUAGUUUAUGAGUAUGCUACAAACGGAAGCCUUGAUCAUCACCUCCAAAACCCUAAUAAGAGACGUUGCAUAACAUGGGCACAACGCCUGAAGAUUUGUUUAGGAGUAGCAAGAGGAAUCAAAUACCUUCACUCGGGUCUUGGGGAACACAUGAGAGUAAUACAUAGAGACAUGAAGAGUGCAAAUAUAUUGCUAGAUGAAAAUCUUGAUGCCAAAAUUUGUGAUUUUGGUUUGUCAAGAUUUGGUCCAAGAAACCAACCAGAUUCCGAACUCCUUACAAAGGCUUCGGGUACGAGGUUUUACAUUGAUCCCAUUUAUAAUGAAAGAGGUAGACUAUGGAAAGAGUCUGAUGUGUAUUCAUUUGGAGUUGUGUUGUUUGAGAUGUCGAGUGGGAUGCUUGCUUAUGCAAAGUGCUUUGGAGAAACUAAGGAACAAUAUCUGAUGGAUUUAGUGCGAAGCUAUUAUGAAGACGACCAACAAGAUGAUGAAUUAGAAAAGUUGAUUGAUCCCAUUCUAAAGGGUCAUAUUGAUAUGAGGUCUUUUCGUAUGUUUAAUGAAAUUGCUUAUGAGUGUGUUAACCUGAGUUUAAAGGAACGCCCUACAAUGGAGAGGAUCAUUCGGAAGAUUGAGCAAGCAAUGGAUCUUCAAAACAACUAUGCAACUUCUUCAAUUACCACACGAAAUCUAGAAAGUUUUCGAAUUCCACUAGACAAGAUCAACUUGGCAACUGAAAACUUCAAAGCAGAUACAUGUAUCGGAGGUGGUAGAUUUUAUGCAGUUGGAAGAUUGGCUAAUGAGCCUAGUAGCUUGGGAGAUGAUGAUAAGCCACAAUAUUUGGGAGAUCUAUUCAUACGCAACUAUAGUGAACUCGAUAGAUUAAUUGAUCCCCUUAUAAGAGAUCAAAUCGAUAGCAGUUGUUAUGAAGCUUUUACAGAAAUUGCAUACGAGUGCAUAACCUUCUAUGGUUUUGGAGGAUGCCCUACGAUGGAGACAAUUAUUGAGACGCUUGAGGCUGCAGCAGAUUUUCAAGGAAUUGAAGUGUAAAAGAAUAAGAGCCGAUGACUUGUAGCCGGUGUUAAUGUUGUUGAUGAAGGUUCAUGCUUUGUACGUGUGUUCUUUAUGUUUUCUAUAAACGUGUUUCAUAUACAUAAUUGUUUACAAUUUGACUUAUGUUGCUGGUAAAACAAAG